AUGAAAUCGAAAUUUUGUAGGGAGCCUUACACACAGGUUCUGUCGAUGGAACCAUUGAAGAAUAGAAAAGGGAAAAAACCACAGAAGUCCAAUAAUGUAGAAAAAAGACCAUUACCAUUCAACGUUUAUGCAAAUAGUGAUGAUGAAUUUUGGAAAUUGUGGGGAAAGAACAUGGGAACGGUAUUUUUGGAGCAUAGAUUUUUAAGAGGUGUUGAGAUGAAUUGGUAUUUUGGUCAAGUUUACUUGGUAUUGGCUAUGGAUGGUUGCUCUCUGAGGUGGAUGAUUAUUAAUCGUGAAGGCACGGCUUUGGAACCUGGGAAACAACAUUAUUUGAGGCGUGUAGCAGUCGGGAUGGUUGAUGGACCACAUUGGAAGGAUAUUGAUCAGGGCCCAAGUGAGACGGAUAUGGUAAACAAGGGCCAGGGUGAGAUGGAAAUGCAAGAAGAUUUGGGCUGGAUAAGGCACCUGGCGGCCUUAACAAAGCUCCUAUCGAAAAAAAAAAAAACAUAUGAAGUGGAAGGCCUUCAAUUCGUGGAUGUGUCGAUCAACGGGAAGGAGUCAGUAGCUCUUGUAGACACAUGA